AUGUCUGGGUUCGAGGCACUUGGCUUGGCAUGCUGUGUCUUCCAGACCAUCAGUUUCACCCGUGAGACCGCCAGCGUCUGCAAGGCCAUAUAUCAAGGCCAGAAGACUCCAGAUUCCAUGCUCGAAGAGAACGCCACUGCUAUGAUUCAGGCUGCGGAUGAAGUCAAAGCAUCCUGCAGCGUGAUAUCCACACCAGAAGAGAAGUGUCUGGCCAAUAUUGCUGGGAAGUGCGCAGAGGCCGCCAAAAAUCUUGAGGGAGAGGUGCAAAAGAUCACAAAGCUUCACAAGAAAGGCGAUUUUCCAGCAGCGAUGCGCGCUCGAGCUAGGUCUUUAUGGAAAAAGCGAGAGAUCGAAGAGCUUGACGACACUCUACAGCGCUAUAGAGGUACCAUGCAGACCCUCCUCAUCAACCAAAUCUGCAACCAAAGCAAGGCUCUUGAACUGCGACAACGCCAAGACUUUGUCAAGCUCGACCAAAAGCUCCAAUCCUUCAUAGCAAAUAUCGCUGCCGGCCGAACCAAGAUGGAGGAUCUCUUGCGGACCGAGGGAAAUCUUACUCGAGAGCAUGUUACCGCCGAAGGCACGCGAGUUGUGAAGUCCGUGGAAGCGCACGUUACCAAGGAAACGCAAGAACGUGAGCUCAAGGCAGCGACUGAGAAUCAACGGGAACGUCUCCUUGGAAGCCUCAGGUUCCAAGAAAUGAAUCAAAGACGGAAUGAAACUACUGAUCCUGAAAAAGCUACUUUCGAACGCAUCUUUCGGGCAAAUGAGAGCACGACCAACGUCGGAGAGACGACCGAGUCUCGACAUGACACCGACGAGGAUGACACUGACAAAAUUGACGUGGUUUGGCAACGCUUCGUUGACUGGCUCCGAUCAGGCGAAGGUCUAUUCUGGGUCCAGGGAAAGCCAGGUUCGGGGAAGAGCACGCUCGUCAGGUAUAUCAUCAACGAUAAGGCCACCCAAACGCUCCUCGACCAAUGGCACUCUGGAACCAGAAUAAUCUCGCAUUUUUUCUGGAAGAUCGGGACGCCAAUGCAGAACAACAAGAAGGGUUUAUUCUGUUCUCUUCUCUAUCAGCUGCUUCAAGACAACAAGGAACUUAUCAGUUUUCUCAUUCGUACAUUCCCAUUCACCGAGUCCAAGAACUACCCUCAUGACUGGUCAGAUGGAGAUCUGGAGCGGGUGCUUCUUACCGCCCUCGAAGCAAAGGAAGUUGCACAGCCGGUGUGCAUAUUUAUCGACGGCCUCGAUGAGUACAACGGCGACGACGGGGACCAUGGUUUGAUGGACAGAGUCCAGAGACUCAUCAAACCUGACAAAGUUAAACUGUGUGUUGCCAGCCGACCAGAGCCUCGACUGCUGAAUCGGCUCAACGAAGUACCCUAUCUGAAGCUUCAGGAUCUGACUGAGCCCGACAUGAGAGACCACAUUCAAACGACAUUCAACAAAAGCGUACGAAACAGGAAACCUUCCGUCAAAGAAUUGAAUGUACUGGCGGAUCGUCUUCUUUGGAAAGCCGAGGGUGUCUUUCUCUGGGUCUGCCUUGCAUUACGGACCGUUGUACGUGGAAUCGAGAAUGGAGACUCGGGGGAUGAGCUGGCGGCUCGAGUGAUGCAACUUCCCAAUGCCCUCGAGGACCUGUACGCUGAUAUGUGGAAGAGGCUGAACCAAGACCAGCCUCUGUACCGGGAAUCGGCAGCGACCUAUUUCCAACUCAUAAUUGGAAUCGGCCGGGGAGAAUACUUCAUCCCGAACUUUGGUCGUCGCGAUGGCAUGAUAGUAAGCAGCCGUUUCAUCACAUCGCUCCAUAUUGCAUGUGCAACCCAACCGACGUUACAAGAAACAAUGCUUCCAAUGAACAUGGAUAUGAACUUUGAAGGUCAAAUACGAGAGCUCUGCCGCAAAACCGAGAGCGAGAUACUGCUGGAGGACGAACUACCAGAUGAGGAGAAUCCGACGUGGAAACUACUCAAUUCAGUCAAGUUUAUCCACCGCACCGCCCACGACUUUCUAGUCGACACAGAACAGGGAAAGCAGAUUCUCAGUCACGCCAAGCUUUCGAGGUCGGAAAUGUACUUCCAGACGAUGAAGGGCGCUUUGUGCUGGAUCCAACUGGUGUCAGACGCUUUUGAGACUUCUUACGACAUUGAUGGUCAGUUGAGAGCGUUGGGCAAGUUUUUCAAAUUGCAAGACGAGUACAAGGGCCCGUCAUGUAGAGCCAUGGAGCUUCUGUCCGUCACGCAGUCAUUCUAUGAGAAAGGCUUAUUGGAUCACUGGAAGAUCCAAUGGCCGCGCACUCCAUUUCUAAUGCACGUAUUAGAAACAGAGCCGACCCUGUUCGCGCUAGUCGAAGAGAGCAUAAAUGCUACACUCGCUACGGACAUACUCAGAGGAGUGACAUGGUCAUCUCUCUCCGAAACAGACGAACCACGGGAGUUAGCGGCGAACCUGGUCUCUGUUGGUGCUGACCCAGUUGCCGUCAGCCCACAUGCAGUGAGCUAUGGCCAUGGCAGGUUCACUGACAUCUGCCGGAGAAACGCGAUUUGGAACUUGCUAGACGAAUUUCUCGUCAGACAAUGGUCACGUAGAAGAUACUCGGUAACUGCACGCCGCGCUACAGAGGCAGCUGCAGCAAUGUUGGAGAAGUGCCCCGGCUUUGACAACUGGGGGCUGCUGGAACCUUUGAUGCUGGGAGUAGACAGCGGUGUUCAAUUAUACUCAACCCGCGAACUAGCGGAAAUCAAGAACGUGGGAUGGGAAUGCCAUUUUGGCUCGGGAACUGCGGUGUUUCUGGUCCUCGAGGCAAAUACGUCCUUCCUCUUAAAGCACGUCUUGGAUAGUUUGUCCACACCCGAUAGAACGGAGCUGAAAUCUGUGGUGCAACAGCUAGAGGCCAGGAUCACCAACCCUGUGGCUCGAGUAUGCUCGGUUCUUUUCGAUCCCAGGUCCAGACAAGGCGGUUGGUUUCGGGUCGUGGACCAAGGCCCAUUCCAGAGCAUCACCGCUUUAAUAUUCAGCUAUGCGCCACAGCCUGACAAAAGUCUAGAGGCGGAUUCGAGGCUACCAUUUCUAGAAUGGUAUGAGACUGCCCUCUCUCUGACGGAAGAUGCAAAUGUCCUGGAAAGCAUAAAUGAAGAAGAUGUUUUCGCGGCACAAGCUGAUGAAACGCGGCUCGGGCGAUGCAAGUUGGAGCAAGGUGGCUUUGAUUGGAUUCGUGAGGUUCAAAAGCUGCCUAAGUCGGGUCGCAGCCCCCCGGCCUUUCGGACCCUACGCGCUACGGCUGAGUUCUAUGGCUCUGACUCCGAGUCCGGUCCUGGUUCUGGCUCUGGCUCUGCUGAAGAGCAUGAUGCAGAGGCUUGCUGA